CUCAACCCUGUUAUCGCAUCAGAUGCAAUGGCGUCUGCCUAUCAAGCAAAAUCUUUGUACGAUUUUGACAGCAAAGACAAGAGGCUGCUUAGCUUUAAACAGGACGAAAAAUUUAUUGUUAUUGAGCAACUAUGCAAGGAUCCAAACUGGUAUUAUGCUGUGAGCGAGAAAGGGAUAGCUGGAUUUGUUCCGGUCACCUACAUCCUCCGGGAAGAGAGCGAGCGAGAGGAGUUCCUGGAGCUUGUGGAGAAAGCACUCGAAGCGCUUCAAAACAGCACUUCGAGCCUAGACGAAGGAAACACCAGUUUCAUGAGCUUGCAGAGAAAGGCCCUUAGGUACAGUAACGCUCUUUUGCGACUGCAUCACCUCAAAGAGAGUUUACGAAGUACAUGUGAAGGGCCACUGCGGGACACACCACGAGAGACUGCUUUGGGCCACCAGUCACCUAGUGACUUUCUACAGGAAGAAUACUCGCGCAUCAACUCAGACUGGAUCUCUGAAAAUCUUGCUGGUGCUGACCUUUGUUCUUUGGAACCAAGUCCACGGUCCCAGCCAAGCAAGCGAUCUGCCUCAUUAACUGCUGCUGUAGAGGAUCCCCACCUGCCAACCCUAGCUGCCGAGCUGAUUGAACAGGUUCGAAGCCAGACACAGCUGAGCCAUAGCCUUUCACGAGUGGCCGUAUUGGCUGUGCUUCGCUGCCUUUCCACAUCCUUGCCAGACUCAUCCUGCCCUUGGGAAGCUCUUCUGGACAGUGUACUCAAGGCUGAGGAGUGUGAAAAACCCUUGGUGGCCAGCCAGGAUGGAGAUAGGCUCCAGCUUAUUUUUCGAAGGCUAUGGAACUGUAAAAAUGAUGACCAGCAGCGCAGUUGGCCAAUUCAUGAGGAUGAAGCACUCAUCCUGGGUCUUCUAGAAGAGCUGUACACCAUCUUGGUUGAUGCUGAUCCUCGAGUCUCCCGAUCAGUUGUGCAAGCCGAUGAAUAUGACUGUGUCUCAACACUAGCCCUUUACUAUCAAAUGGAACCACGAGCCUCAUUGCGUGUGUGGAUGCUGCGAGUGUUCCUGACACUGUGCGAGCUGGACCUACAGGUGGUCUCACUGCUGUUACACUCAGUACUACCUAUGGAGCUGGCACGUGACCUCCAAUCAAACACUGAUGACAUAGAGCGAAUGAAGUAUACAGCUCUUCUUCUGACCGUCAUCUUCUCUACUGGAGAAAAGCCACCGAAUAAUGUUUAUGAGCAUGUGGGUGAGCAGUUUGUGACAUUCCUGCUGGACACAAUCGAAUCUGUUGAAAUGGAGGAAGAAGUUGCAGAGCUUUCACUGGGCUCACUUCUCUCUCUCAACCUGCACCUUCAAUCUGAAGCAGACAACUUUGUUCUUCGGACACUAGCGACUCGCAAAGAUGCCCGGGCACUUACCGAACGACUCAUGCUACUUGUCAAUCGAGAAGAUGACCCUGCUCGAGUGCUAACCCAUGAAGUUGCAGGAGUUCCCAACUCGGUGCUAAAGAUGCUUGCUGAGCUCUUUUCAGACAGCACGACAGCUGAACUUUUCUACUUGAAUGAUGUUGCUGUCUUGGUGGACAUUGUAGCCAGGCAGCUAAGUGACCUGCCACCUGGUGAUAAGCGACGGCUUCUGUAUCUUUCCUUGGUGGAGCACUUACUUGGUUCUACUCAGUAUGAGGGUCAUCGUCAAGUAGAGCUUCGACGCUGCUUUGAGGGGGCACUCGCACACGAUGAGUCAUCAGCUGAGGAAAAGGAGAUUGUGCGUCGCAUUCAAAUGACCUGGCCUCAGUGGUUUCGUACAGACUGAGCCAGCAAUCAUUCUGCAUGACCUCUACCAAGACUGUUGGCAAGCCUGUCUGUAAGGCUGCAUCUUCAGCAGCUGGCCCAUCCUGCUGCCCGCAGUUUUUGUUUGUUUUAACGUGCAAGUGAUUGGAUUUUCCUGCCUACUUAAAAAUAUGAUUAUUUAAAUUUUUUGUUAACUUCUUUUUUUUUCUUGCAGCAACUGCGUUACUUUUUCUUUCUUUUGGUGGGGAAGGGGGACCAAGCUUUGCCUAUAUCCUUCCCUUUCAACUCCUCUCCCCCUUUCCUUUUACAAAGAAUUUCAUAGAGGUGUCUUUGAGUGAGUGAACUAUGCCAAAAAUCACGAGAAAAUACUGCACAAUACUGCUGCAGCUACAACUUCUGUGCCUUCAGUUUCUUAUUUUUUUUAAUGAAGGUGUGUCAUUUGGCAUCUUUUAUGUGUUUGCUUUAUGGCAUAUUUAUUGUUUUUUUUUAAAUUAGUAUCCUUGCAACUGGUAAAAUGCUCUCAAGCAAGUAGUUUACGUGAUGGUCAUGCCGCAUGCCUGCUCUUAAGAGACAAUAUCGUUAUCUCAUUAAUAGGCAUUGAUCAGAGAAGGUAAGUCAAUGAAAUAGUGUGAGGUAUUGGGCAGCUUUGUCUUCUAUAUGUGAUAAAGACUAAAGUAUGGUAAAUAAAUUUGUAUUGUAAUAUAUUGUUCA